UUCUAAUCGCCAUCAUGGGGUUCCAAGACACAUGGUUUUCUCACCCAAGGAAAUACGGUGCAGGAUCAAGAAGCUGCCGAGUGUGUAGCAAUACUCAUGGUUUGAUACGUAAAUAUGGUUUAAAUAUCUGCAGACGAUGUUUUAGACAUUAUGCAAGAGAAAUUGGAUUUAAGAAGUACAAUUAAGAUGUUGAGAUGUGAUGUUUAUGAUGAAACAAGACAGCGUAAUGGUCUUAUAUAUCAAAGUACAGUACAAGAAAGAUUACAAGAAAAUGCUGUACAUUUAUUAAUUUUUAAAUAAACAUUAUGUCCUCAACA